AUGGCUAAGCUGUUUAUUGGUGGCCUUGCAUGGCACACCGAGGAGGCCACUCUGCGCCAGAAGUUUGAAGAAUUCGGCGCCGUUGAAGAAGCGGUUGUGGUCAAGGAUCGAGACACUGGCCGAAGCCGCGGCUUCGGCUUUGUGCGAUACACCCAGGAAGCGGAUGCCCAGAGUGCCAUCGCCGCCAUGAACAAUGUCGAGUUUGACGGCCGAACGAUUCGAGUCGACAAGGCCUCCGACAAUGGUCCUCGCGGCGGAGGAGGCUUCGGACGCGGCGGCCACGGCGGCUACGGACGGGGUGGAUAUGGUGGUCCUCCGCAGUACGGCGGCCCUCCUCCAGGCGCCGGAUACCCCAUGGGCCAGCCCAACGUCUACCCGCCUGUCGCAUACGGUCGCGGAUACCCGGUACCGCCGCAGGGCUAUGCCCCGCCCCCUCAAGGAUACGGAGCUCCCCAGUAUGGCUACCCCGACCCGGCUAUGCAGCAGCAGCCCCAGCAGCCGCCCCAGCAGCCUCCUCAGGGCGGGCAGGGCUAUUAG